AUGGCGAAGGGUUCCGCCUCAUCGCCGACUGCGACCCCACCCCAAGCAGCUCUGAAGCGGACGACCUCGAGCACGCAGAAUAUGAAGAACCAAAAGUCAAUCCUGGGAUUCUUCCAGAAAUCCUCACCUGCAGCUCCGUCGAAUGACAAGCCCCGCGAACCCGCGUCGUCCCCAGCCCAGAGAGCCGGCGAGCAACGAGGAGUCAGUGCUGUGAAACCUACCCCGAAGAGGAAUUUCUCCAGCUUUGCUCAGGACUUGACUCCUGUGCCGAGUAGUGAUCUUCCCAUCCCAGAGGAGGAUGAGGAAAACGGAGACAAGGUAAAAUCAGGACGCGACGAAAUCCAGGACACCGCGAUGUCUCCUUCGCGCCGAGCCAAGAAAAAGCAAGUCAGUUACAAGGAGUCUGACUCGGAGGGUGAGGAUGAUGACGAUGUCAUCUUCCGCCCGAGUCGCAAAAACAAUGCCAAUGGACGCGCCGCCAAGCGUAGGAAGACCUCUCCUGACAGCGAGGAUGAGUUCCAAGAAGCGGGGGAGGCCGCAUACUCGGAUGAUGAAAUGGACGACUUUGUUGUUGCCGAUGAUUCUGAUGACGAAGUCGCUGCACCAAAGAAACGCAAGCGACCGGCUACCACACCUUCGCGAAAGAACUCAAAUCGCGCCGCUUCUGUAACCCCACCCCCUCCUACCGACGAAGACCUCGAUUUGGAUAUCCCCGAGGGCUCAGCUGGGACUGCUCUUAAGUGGAAGUUUGACCCGGAAAGCACUAAACCUCGCAAGGAGCGUGUGGUACAAGCCACGAGAAAGACACCAGCUAGCGCAAAGAAGGAGAAGGCCCACACCAGAGAGCCCGAAGAGCGAUACCCCUGGCUUGCAAACAUCAAGGAUAUUGACGGGAAUCCCCCGGGCCAUCCUGACCAUGACCCACGCACCAUCUACAUUCCGCCUUUGGCCUGGUCCAAGUUCUCACCUUUCGAGAAGCAAUAUUGGGAGAUCAAGCAGAAAUUCUGGGAUACGGUGGUUUUCUUCAAGAAGGGCAAGUUUUAUGAGCUCUACGAGAACGAUGCCACCAUCGGCCACCAGCUGUUCGACCUCAAACUCACUGACAGAGUGAAUAUGCGCAUGGUUGGUGUUCCAGAAAUGAGUCUGCCUCAUUGGGCAAAUCAAUUUGUUGCCAAGGGCUUCAAGAUUGCUCGCGUUGACCAAUCCGAGUCCGCUCUUGGCAAGGAAAUGCGCGAGCGAGACGCUAAAAAAGGUGGAAAGGAGGACAAGAUUAUCAAGCGUGAACUCGCGUGCGUCCUUACUGCUGGUACUCUUGUUGAGGGUUCAAUGCUGCAGGAUGAUAUGUCGACGUACUGUGUUGCUAUUAAGGAAGCCAUUGAGGAUGACCGCCCCGCAUUCGGUCUCGCCUUUGUUGAUACGGCCACGGGCCAAUUUUUCGUUUCAGAGUUUGUGGACGAUGCGGAUAUGACAAAGUUUGAGACAUUUGUCGCUCAAACUCGCCCCCAGGAGAUGCUGCUCGAGAAGGGAUGUGUCUCGCAAAAGGUCAUGCGUAUUCUCAAGAACAACACUGGGCCUACAACUAUCUGGAACUAUCUCAAGCCGGGCAAGGAAUUCUGGGAAGCAGACAUCACUGUGAAGGAACUUGAUGCCAGUGAAUAUUUCGUCUCUGCGGAUGAUGAUAAUGUCAAGGCCUGGCCUGAGGUCCUUCGUCAGGCACGGGAUAAAGAGUUGCUUAUGUCUGCCUUUGGCGCUCUGACACAAUACCUGCGUGUUCUGAAGAUCGAGCGAGACCUAAUUACCAUCGGCAACUUUACGUGGUACGACCCUAUCAAGAAGGCUUCUAGCCUGGUUUUGGACGGCCAGACCCUGAUCAACAUGGAAAUCUUUGCAAACUCUUUCGAUGGUGGUCAAGAUGGUACCCUGUUCCAACUGUUGAACCGGUGUAUUACGCCGUUCGGAAAGCGAACCUUCAAGCAAUGGGUCUGCCACCCAUUGAUGGACGCUAAGCGCAUCAAUGCUAGGCUUGACGCCGUUGAUGCCUUGAAUGCUGACCCUGGCACUCGCGAUCAGUUCUCUUCACAGUUGACCAAGAUGCCCGACCUGGAACGACUUAUCUCACGAGUUCAUGCAGGAGUCUGCAAGGCUCAGGACUUUGUUCGUGUCCUUGAAGGAUUUGAACAGAUCGAAUACACCAUGGGCCUUCUCAAUGAUAGUGGUGCUGGCGACGGUGUCAUUGGACAACUUAUUGAGGGGAUGCCCGAUCUGACCCCGCUGCUCUCAUACUGGAAGACUGCAUUCGAUCGGUCCAAGGCGAAGGAGAAUGGAAUCUUGGUUCCAGAGACCGGCGUUGAGGCCGAUUUUGACAACUCCCAGGAUACUAUUGAACAGCUGCACAAGGAACUCGACAGCGUUCUGAAAAAGGCGCGCCGAGACCUAGGCUCGACUGCGAUCUGCUACCGUGACAACGGAAAGGAGAUUUACCAGCUCGAGGUCCCCGUCAAGGUCAAGAAUAUCCCAAAGAACUGGGAUCAGAUGUCCGCCACGAAGCAGGUGAAGCGCUACUACUUCCCCGAACUGCGCAGUCUGAUCCGCAAACUGCAAGAAGCCCAGGAGACCCACGGCCAAAUCGUGAAGGAAGUUGCCGGUAGAUUCCAUGCCAGAUUCGAUGAGCAUUAUGGUACAUGGCUUGCUGCCGUUCGGAUUGUCUCCCAGCUGGAUUGCUUGAUUAGUCUGGCCAAGGCAUCUGCUUCGCUGGGCCAGCCUAGCUGCCGCCCUGUCUUCGUGGAUGAUGAGCGGAGUGUUCUCGAGUUUGAAGAACUGCGGCAUCCCUGUCUUCUUUCGUCCGUGGAGGACUUUAUUCCCAACGAUGUCCAGCUCGGUGGCAAGAAUGCAAACAUCGAUUUGCUCACAGGUGCUAACGCCGCUGGUAAAUCUACCCUUCUUCGCAUGACCUGUGUCGCGGUAAUUAUGGCCCAAAUUGGCUGCUAUCUCCCUUGCAAGUCUGCCCGCCUGACCCCAGUCGACCGCAUUAUGUCCCGUUUGGGAGCAAAUGACAACAUUUUCGCCGCGCAAUCAACCUUCUUCGUUGAACUGUCCGAGACGAAGAAGAUCCUGUCCGAAGCUACCCCCCGUUCGCUCGUGAUUCUGGAUGAACUGGGCCGUGGAACUAGCUCGUACGAUGGUGUCGCCGUCGCGCAGGCCGUUUUGCACCAUAUUGCUACACACAUUGGUGCUAUGGGUUUCUUCGCUACACACUACCAUUCUCUGGCCGCAGAAUUCGAGCAUCACCCCGAGAUCGCCCCCAAACGUAUGGCGAUUCAUGUCGACGAUGCCGAGCGCCGUGUCACCUUCCUCUAUAAACUGGAGAGUGGCGUCGCAGAGGGCAGUUUCGGUAUGCACUGUGCAUCUAUGUGUGGCAUCUCGAACAAGGUCAUUGAACGCGCAGAGGUUGCCGCUCAACAGUGGGAGCACACUAGUCGACUCAAGGAGAGCCUUGAGCGUCGCAAGGGUGGCAGCUUUAUUGGACUGGGUUGGUGGAGUGAUGUCGCCUGGGCACUGCGUGAGGCGACUGCGGAAGAUGAUGAGGAAGGCGGUGCUGUCACUGACCUGGGACUGGAGGUCUUGCGCAAGGCCAUUGAAGCUCUGUAG